ACAAACUGUCAUGGACCAAUACAUCCAAAUAAACUCAUAAAAAUCCACAAUUCACUUCACACCUUACAAAUCACAACUUGAUCAUCUUCAACAAUCCACCAAAAAUCGCCAUGGAUCGAACCGAAGACGAUAUGAAACACGUCGGGUUCUUUGGCAUAUUCAACCAAUCAUUCAAAAUAAUCUUCUCAUGGAACAAAAUUUUCGCGCAAAUCACUCUCGCCUUCAUCCUUCCUCUCGCAAUCUUCUUCAUACUUCAAAUGGAAAUCUCACACCAUUUCUUUUGGAAAAUCGACAACAACACGAUACCAUACCAUACCAACGAUAAGCGCGAAGCAACCACCAAGGACUGGCUCUACUACGCGCUAUUCACAUUCGCAUACUUCAUUAUCCUCCUCAUCCUCUCUGUCCUAUCUACCGCUGCGGUCGUGUUCACCAUUGCCUCCAUCUACACAACCCGUGAAGUCGUUUUUCAUAACGUCACGAAAGUCAUUUCGAAGAUAUGGAAACGACUUUGCAUCACUUUCGUAUUCAUAUACAUUGCGCAAUUCAUCUACGAUGUAAUUGGCGGUGUUGCUUUGGCUAUUCCUAGAGCUAUAUUCGGUUAUUCGGGUUUAGGCGGAGUGGUUAUAAUAAUUAUUUUGAUUUUAUACGCGUACGGGUUUUUAUACUUGAUGGUUGUUUGUCAACUGGCUAGUGUUGUUACUGUUCUAGAAAACAUUUAUGGAUUUAGCGCGUUGAAGAAAGGUAAGAAUCUAGCGAAAGGGAAGAAGGCGGUGGGAAUGGGAAUUGCGGUCGUGUUGAAUGGGAUUUUGGUAGGUGUAAUUAUUGUAUACUUGUUGUUUGUGGAAUACGGACAUGAAGUGUAUAAACUGGCGUUGAUUUGGAGGGUGGUGAUUGGAAUAGCGUGUGGACUUAUGCUAUUGGUGUUGUUUUUGAUGUUUAUUGUGACUCAAACGGUGUUUUAUCUGGUGUGCAAAUCGUAUCAUCGGGAAGCGAUUGAUAAGUUGAGUUUAUCGGCGUUUUUAGGUGCUUAUAUGGGGGAGACGCUCGUGUAUCCUAGACCCGGAGAGGAGAUUCAACUCGGACGCCCAUAACAUCCGUCUCAACAGGUUUGAAAUGGUUGUUGGAUUGUAGUUUUUGCAUAUGUUGUUGUACUCUUAAGGUUUGAAAUGGUUGUUGGGUAUUGUUUUUUAA